GGAGACUGCAACGUUUCCAACAUUCUUUUGUGGUCAGCGUUUAUUUCUGCGAAACGUGGAGGCACUCGUUCCGGAUCCAUGAAGAGGAAAGCUAUACAGAAAUGAAACAGGCUUUUACUAUCUGCUAGACCCAACAAGGAGAAAGGCCAUGUCAAUGCAGCAUUUGACGAUAACAGUAAUGGCGAUUCAAAGGAAAUCUGCAAACUUGAUGUAAAAGAGAAUGGAAGUGUCGCUUCAUCCAAAUCACUCACGCACUCGGAGAGGGCUUCGCAAAGUCAUGAUCAACAGAACUGGGAUAGCCCAAUUGAGUUCCUUUUGUCCUGCAUUUCCAUGUCAGUGGGUCUAGGCAAUAUUUGGCGAUUUCCCUACGUUGCGUACGAAAAUGGCGGCGGUGCCUUUUUAAUACCUUACCUGAUUGUGUUAGCCUUCAUCGGCCGUCCGCUCUAUUUUCUGGAGAUGAUUCUUGGACAAUUUUCGAGUUCUGGUUGUGUCAAAGUCUGGAGCGUUGUGCCCUUUUUCAAAGGAAUCGGAUAUGCACAGGCAUUUGCCUCCUGGUGUGUCGUCACUUAUUAUUGCGUGCUGAUGGCAUUGGCCUUCUUCUACCUCUUUGCUUCCUUUCAGGCUGUCCUACCUUGGACGGAAUGCGAUCCAGAAUGGGCAACAGAAAAAUGUUACAGCUCGUCAAUGGCAAAUUUGUCCAUGUUUAAUCUGACAAGCGAAAAUGUUUCUAGCGCUGAAGAAUAUUUUUAUAUUUAUGUUUUGAAAAAAAGUCCUGAUAUGGAUUCGGGUCUUGGGGUUCCAGACUGGCGUUUGACUCUUUGUCUUUUACUUUGCUGGAUUUUAGUUUUCGCCACGCUCGUCAAAGGAAUUUCAUCGUCUGGAAAAGUGGCUUAUUUUACAGCUCUUUUCCCUUAUGUUGUACUAAUCACGUUGCUGAUUCGUGGUGCCACCUUACCAGGUGCAGGUGAUGGCAUGUUGUAUUUUAUCACCCCUGUUUGGGAGAAAGUCCUGACGCCUGAAGUGUGGUACGCGGCCGUGACUCAGUGCUUCUUCUCAUUAUCUGUUGGCUUUGGACCUAUCGUCUUCUUUGCGAGUUAUAAUCCUUUUCGUCAUCCCAUUUACAGAGAUUCAACAAUCAUCAGUUUUGCCGACACAGGCACAAGUGUCUUAGCUGGAGUUACUAUUUUUGCUAUCCUCGGAAAUCUGUCUUACACGUCAGGAAAACCAAUCGAUGAGGUCGUUAAAAGCGGAACAGGAUUGGCAUUCGUUUCCUAUCCGGAAGCUAUUUCAAAAUUUGAUUUUGCACCUCAGUUUUUCUCUGUGCUCUUUUUCCUCAUGCUCAUUACGUUGGCUGUCGGAAGCGCUGCUGGAUUGGCUGGCUGUCCCAUUUCAUUGAUGUGCGACGUCUUGCCUCAUGUUCCACGUUGGAUUGUUACUGCAGCUGUUUGUGCAGUCAGUUUCCUUAUCGGGCUUGUUUACGUUACACCAGCUGGCCAGUAUAUUCUGGAUUUAGUCGAUUAUUUCGGCGGUGGAUUUGUUAUUUAUUUUGUCGUUGUUGCUACAGUUGCUGCAAUUUUCUGGAUUUACGGUCUGGAACAGUUUGCCAAAGACAUUCGUUUCAUGCUUGGUUUUGGUUUGGGCAUUUAUUGGAAGUUUACUUGGAGCAUUUUCAUUGCUGUUGCCCUUGUAGUCAUUUUCGUCUAUGCCAUGAUUGUUUUCGAGCCUUUAAAAACAGAUAACGGGGAAUACUAUCCUCCUUCAGCCAUGGCUGCGGGAUGGACAAUUGCGGCUUUCGCUAUCCUGCAAAUACCGGGGUGGGGUGCGUACGUCGUCUACAAACAAAAGGACGGCACUUUUGCUGAGAGGUUCAAGAAAAGUUUUCGUUCUUCAAACAAAUGGGGUCCCAAAAAUCCGAAAAUUAAAGAAGAAUGGCAAGCGUAUAACGCUCAAACUGUUCGCUUUAGCUGGAUACCGAAUCCCAAAUGGAUCUCAAGGAGGACACGAGCUCAAGUACCUGACGUCGAAUUAUCCCCUGAUAGUCAAUCGAACAGAUGAGCAAGCCCAGUUCUUUUGUUAAUUGAGAAUAUGGAUCAUCUAAAAUCCUCUGAGCUGAAAGUUCAUCUUUUAUUUGCAUGUUGACUUUUAUUUCAUUGCAAAGAAUGCACUUUUUUAUACAAUUAUGCAUAUUAACGACUUAAAUGUGUCUUUUUAAGGUGAACACGUAAUGACUAGAAAAUCAUGUUAAUAAAUUUGCACAAAAAAACAA